UGUCCCCGAAGGCCGCGGGCGCUGGCGAUGGUGACGUUGGCGGAGCGGCGGCUGCGGCUGGAGCCCGCCGGCCCGGCGUGUGGUUUCUGGGCCGCGGUCGACGUGUGGACGCGCAGGCCGCAGGUGGCGAACCGGCGGCUCAGCGGCUGCCGCCUCGAGGCCGAGAGGGAGACGCGGUGCUCCGAGGCGGGGCUCAGGCCCCUCCUGGAGGAGCUGGUGCCAGGGUGGAGGGACGAGCCGGGCCGCGAAGUGAAUGAGAUCCUCCUGGCAGUGACGGGGGAGCGAGCCGGCGGUAGACUGAAGGUGACCCUGCGGACUGUGAUCCCCAAAACCCAGGCGGAGAGCUGCAGAGAAAUAGUUUUGCAAGAUUUCGAAAACAACACAGCAACAUUUAUACCAUUAGAACGGCAUAAUUCAGAAAUGUACACUUGCAAGAAGAACAAUAUAUACAGCUUUAAACUUCGGCAAGAUAAAGGAGAUGAGUUAUUCUGGUUUAUUUCUGUUUCGAUCUUGUGCCCUGAGAAAUGGAAUGCAGAUGGAAUUGUGUAUCCCAAACCAGCAUGGCUCUCGGAUGUGUUGCUCACAAAGAUUGUGAAAUGGUCAAGUGAGAACAAGAAGAAUAACUUUAAGAGCACCCUUUCUCUCAUUUCUGUGGAAAAAUACAGUGAAUGUUACCAUUGUCUUAAAGCAAAAUACAAAGACAUGGUCAAGAUUUGGCCUGAGGUAACGAAUCCUGAAAAAUUUGUGUAUGAAGAUGUCGCCAUUGCAACAUACUUACUGGUUCUUUGGGAAGCUGAGCGUUUAGAAAAAGGCCUGACUGCUAAACAGUCCUUUAUAGAUUUGGGAUGUGGGAAUGGAUUACUGGUUCACAUCCUGACCAAUGAAGGACACCCUGGUAGAGGUAUAGAUGUGAGGAAACGGAAAAUUUGGGAUAUGUAUGGUCCACAGACAUGUCUCGAGGAAUGUGCCAUUACGCCAAGUGAUGACUUCCUUUUCCCAGAUGUGGACUGGAUAAUUGGCAACCAUUCAGAUGAAUUAACACCAUGGAUUCCUGUCGUUGCAGCAAGGUCAUCCUAUUCAUGCCGCUACUUUGUCCUGCCUUGUUGUUUCUUUGAUUUCUAUGGAAAGUACUGUCGAAAACAGACCAAAAGCACACAAUACAGAGCGUAUCUGGAUUUCAUUAUAGAAGUGGGUUCUGCUUGUGGUUUUAAAGUAGAGGAGGACUGCCUUCGAAUUCCAUCCACAAAACGGGUUUGCUUGAUUGGUAACCAAAGGACGUAUUCCUCAUCUUGCGAGAAAAGGCUGGAUGAAGAACGAACUCAGUAUAUUAGGGAGAGAUGUUCUUAUACUCUGUGUGCUGGAGAUGAUACAGGUUUUAGUAAGAUGAAAGACUCUGCUUCACCAUUUCCUCAUGUUACAGAUUGUUCAGUUGUUGAAGAUGACGUGAUGCAAGAUAGUUCUGCUGAUACAGAUUGUUCUGUGCCCAACAAAUGGGGGACUGGAUUCCAACCCAGAGAAAAAGUAGAGAAAAUUAGAAACUGUGCUGCUUUGCCUCGAGACUUUGUUGAUAAUGUAGUGCUUCAGGUAGCUAAAGCACUUUUAAAAGUAAACCAGGACAGCUAUGAUUAUAAUGGUGAAGACAGUGCAAAAUACUGGCAUAAAGGCGGAAGCCUGUCUCUUAAAAAUGUAGCAGAUCUUCUGGACUGUGAUACAUUACAAAAAUUAAAAAAAGAAUGUGGAGGAUUACAAACCCUGUUGAGAAACAAUUGUCAGGUCUUUGAAGUUGCCCAUGGAAAUGUUCAGAUCCGUGACUGGUCAAAAGAAAAGCAAGACAAACAAAAAGAAAAGCACACAAAAAAUCUAUCACCAGAUGAGAAAAGAAAAUUGCUUUCUGAGGCAUGUAAGACACGCCUCUGCUGGUUCUUUGUAAAUCAUCCUGAUGGAUGUCCUCGAAUUGCAGAAAAGUGUCCAUUUGCACACGGAAUAAAAGAAUUGCGUUCUCGUGCUAAUAGCAGAAAAUGAAUUAAUAUUGGUGUUACAUUAAAAGGAAAUGUUCAAGAAUAACAUAUACACUUUUUUUUCAAAAAGAAGAGCUACCUAUUCCAAAUAACCAGUGGAUCAAAUGUUGCUGCAACAAAACAUCAUCUGCCAUGAGUUAAACCUUCCUUCAUGUGUUUAGAUUUUUAAUAUCUUUGUGUCUGGCAAGUUACUGAAAGUACAAGCUAAUAAUGAUAUGAGGCAAACCGUCUGAGUGGACAGUUCCUCUUAACCAGUCCAGUUGAAAGAUUGUGAAAUAAAAAAAGCACAGAAACUGAAACAGAGGUUCAAAUUCUCAGUGUCACAUCAAGUACUGGAAACAAAAUGGAGAAGAGUUACUUGGGUUAGGGAAGAGAGAAAGAAAAGGAAAGUGAAAUGGUGUAUACUUUUUAAAAAAUCUUUUGAAGGAAUGAGAUUCCAAAUAUAUGAUAGUCAAUUUUAAGUACUAAUGAAGUUGAUUUGCAGUGUUUGAUGUUAAUUACACCAUUAAAAGUUGGUUUAUUUCUGUAGAAAGGCAAAUCUACUUUGUGGUGAGUUCACGUAUCUAUCAUGCAAUACAUCAACUUCUAACAUUCAUUUUGGCUCAAUAGUAAGAUAGGUUGCAAAACAACAUUCUUGGAAAGCUAACAGCAGAGUGAUGCCACUCUAUCAGCAAUUCCUGAAUAUCUGCAACUGCCUCUUGUCUGAUUUAUUUGCAAAUAAAUAUCAGUGAUUAUUAUUAGCCUCAUCAUUUUGGCAAUAGUAUCAGGCCCAAUGCUUUUGAAUUCCACUUUUUCUGACCAAUUGUUUCUCAUAAUUAACUCCACAUAAGUGAAAAUCUUUAAAGAAAUUUAAAAUCAAAAUGAUUUUCCAUCUGCAUCUGUGAUUCUCUGACAGACCCUGGUCAUCUCAUCCACCCCUGAAGUUCUUUGACUGCACCCUGAAAUAAUCCUGCUACUACAGCCAUGUCUCCUUCCUCAGUACCUGUCUAUGUAGCUGGCUUAUCUGAUAUGGACUCAAGACAAUAUUUAGACCGGCUCAACCUGGACCAAACUGUGACAACCGCAAUCUAAAGUGCCUCUGAAGCAGACAGAAACAUUUCCCCCUUGGGUUUCCCAGCUCACGGCUUGCUUUCCCAGACCUGCAAAGGACCUGUUCUUUAUCCUUGGAAGGAUCCACACCCUGAACCAGUGCUUUUUCUCCACCCUACUGGACAUCAAACAGCAUAAGUACACCAAACUCUCGUAAUUACCUCCAGAUUGAGAGCACCUCAACCACUCCAGAUCCUACCCCUGACAUCCUCCUAAAUCCACCGGAACCCAUAAACCACACAGUUGCUCCUGCCACUCCCACUGCCACAGAGUAUCACAUUAUUUCCAUCAACCAGGUCGCCUUCACAACUGCUACCAAUGGCAUGCAUUGCACCAUUACUCCUGCUGACGUCACUGCUGAUCACAUGACCGUUGCCAUAUGCUUACCCACUCUGGCAACAUCUCCACCCUUGCUCCCAACUCCAGUUCAACAUGAGACCACAGACCCAAGCCCUCCCAUCUCACCUAGACCUGCCCUCUCACUGAGGACAGUUAGUCUUCAGCAACAGACUCGCCUUCAUUCCACCAUGCCCACAUGUCAAUGCAUUUCUCACAUGCCGAGAUGUUGAACUCUUUCCACUGCCUCCACCUCCAUGCCUAAAGAAUUCUUUCUUUAAUAAUUACUUGGCAAAAAUGUUUGUUCCCUCAAGCUUUGAUGUUAAAUUGUGUAGGCUGAAUUUGUGCAUUACGGUUACAAGGGAACUUCUGUAUCCUGUGAAAAUGGUGCUCCACUUUGAGAUCUAAGUGCUUCCAAGAAAUGAUUAGCAAACCCUAUCUAUUAAUUGUUUUAGUUUACUGGAUUCAUGCCAUUUUAAAAUGUUAUUUUGUUCUUCAAAAACAAUAGGACAUUAUAUUGCAUUUCAUUUUGUUUUUUUUUUAUUCAUAUGGGAGGUGUCAUUAUGUUAUUACUGGAUAAGUAAUCCCAGAGAUGUAUGCAAAUGCCCUGGGGACAAGCAAACUCAACAUGGCGGGUCGUGAGAUUUGAAUUCCAUUAAUGAGUGUGGAACUAAAAAUAAGUCCAUUGUUGACCAUGAAAUCAUUGUUGUAAAAUUUAAUCUGGUUCUCUGAUGUCCAUUAGGGAAGGAAAGUCUGUCAUCCUCACCUGGUCUGACUUAUGUAUGACUCCACUCCAGAUCAAUAGCAUUGUGAUUUACUCUUAAAUGUCCUCUGAAAUCACCUAUUGAGUCUAAUAAAGUUAUUGGAAAAGACAGUGGCGCGCACAAUACUGUUAGUCUGUAAUUCCCUCCUUGCUAACGUCUGGAAUUUUCAGCUAAAUUUGGAGAGUUUUUUUUUCCUUCUGUUUUAUCCUCAUGGGAUGUGGGUGUCACUGACUUGGACAGUAUUUAUUGCUCAUCCUUAGUUGUUCUUGAGAAGAUGGUGGUGAGCUGCCAUCUUGGACCCCUAUAAUCCAUUUAGCAUAGGUACAACCGCAACCACAAUUUGAUCUAGUGAAGGAACAGUGAUAUAUUUCUAAAAGAGGGUGGUGAGUGGCUUCAAGGAGAACUUUCAAGUCGUGGUGUUCCAAUGUAUUUGCUGUCCUUGUCCUUCUAGAUGGUAGUAGUCAUGGGUUUGGAGGCUGCCAUCUAAGAAACCUUGGUGAAUUUCUGCUGUGUACCUUGCAAUUGGAAUGUACUGCUGUUGCUGAGUGACAGUGGUGAUGGGAGUGAAAAUUUGUGGAUGAGCCAAUCAAGUGAGCUGCUUUAUCCUGUAUUGUGGCUUGAGUGUUGUUGGAAUUGUCCUCAUCCUGGGAAGUGGGAGGUUUUCAAUCACACACCUGACUUUUGCUUUGCAAAUGAUGGGCAGGUUUUGGGGAGUCAUGAUGUGCGUUAUUUUUUGUAGUAUAUGUAGUCUCUGUAACUAUAUGAUGAAGGGCUUGUGCCCGAAACGUCGAAUUUCCUGCUCCUUGGAUGCUGCCUGACAUGCUGCGCUUUAACCAGCAACACAUUUUCAGCUCUGUAACUAUAUGGAUCUGAUCUCCAGCAUCUGCAGACCUCACUUUCUCCUCGAAAACUAUAUGGUUAGUUCAGUUUCUGAUCAAUGAUAAACCCAAGAUAUGGAUAGUGGACAAUUGUGAUGGUAAUCCAAGAGCCAAUGGUCAAAUUUUUUUCUUGCUGGAGAUUAUCAUUGCAUGACACUUUUGUGGUGUGAAUGUCACUUGCCACUUUUCAGCCCAAACUUGGGUCUGAUCUAGAUUUUAGCAGACAUGGACUGCUUCAGUACUUGAGACUUGAUUCAUGCUGACUAUUAAGGAAUCAUCAGCGAGCAUUCCCAUUUCUGACCUUAUGAGGGAAGGAAGAUCAUUGAAGGAGCUGGAAAUGGUCGAACGUAGGACGUGCCACCCCAAGGAACUCCUGGAGCUAAGGUGACUAACGUCUGACUGCUACAACAAUCUCUCUUUGUGCCAUGUAUGGUGCUGACCAGUGGAGAUUUUACAGUUUUCCAUUAUCUUCAGUUUUGCUCGAGCUCUUUGAUGCCACAUCGAAUCAAGUGAAGCCUUGGUAUCAAGAACAGACACUCUUGCUUCACCUCUGGAAUUCAGAUCUUUUGUCAAUUUUUGAAGGAAGGUUUUAAUAAGGUCAGGAACUGAGUGGGCCUCUCAGAAUCCCUACUGGGUGUUAGUGAGCAGGUUAUUGCUAAGCAAUUGCUGCAUGAUAAGUGUGAUCAACAGUGCUAUCAUUUUACAGAUGAGCAAAAGAAGACUCUCUGAUCAAUAAGAACCAGUUUCGUAAGCAAGUCUGUGGAGAAACGGUUAAUGUUUUGAGGCCAAUGACUUUAUUAGAAAUUAUUCUGAACAGUUCCAUAGAAUUAUCCGAAUGGAAACGUUAACUGUUUCUGGCCACGGAUAAUACCAAACUGCUAAGUUUCUCCAGCACUCUCAUCAUUAAAAGCAAAGGUAAAUUGAUCUGUUUAACACUCAAAUAUAAGAAAAGUACUGUGGAUCCUGAAGAUCUGAAAUAAGAACAGUUCUGGAGAAACUCAGCAUGUCUGACAGCCUCUGUAGAAGUGUUUGCUUCUGUAUCAAAGAAAUGGGAUUGGAAAUAUUAACUCUGUUUCUCUCUUCAGAUGCUGUGAGUCCUACUGAGUUUCUCCAGCACUUUUCAUUUAUAUUUGUACUAAAACGAGUGAGGCGAGGUUUUUUUUUUGUUGUCCAACCUUGACUGGGUAACUAUCUACUAACUGCUGCAGAGCCCCCUGAACUAUCUAAUUUCAAUGAGUUUUGGAGACUACUGGGUGAAGGGAAAUUACCCAUUGGAAUUGUCAAAAUUCUGACCAGUUGCCUCAGAGUCUGCUGUAUUAGCGAUUGUGUAGAGUCCAGCAGAGUAGAAAUUGUGCUCUGACCUUAGGAAACUAUGCCAUGAUAUCUGCAGAAUCUUUUAGAGCUGGUUUGGCAUUGUAAAUUUCAACUUGUACCUCCUGCUAAUCAUCGCAUUUAAGUUGGGUUAUCAGCAUCAGAGGUAACAUAUAUCGUAUGGAUUUAUUCCAUUUCAGCUGUCGAGUUAAGCGGAUGUUGUAAUUCUGCCUGCUAUAUUAAUGCAAUCUAGGCAGAUUCAGACUUACCUGCACAAAAGAUCAGAAAGCUUCAAGCAAUGUUCCUUGUUAAUAAUUCACUCAUGGAACAUGGAUGUCACUGCCUGACCCAGCAUUUUAUUGCCCAUCCCUGGUUGCCUUUGAGAAGUUAGUAUUGAGUUGCCUUCUUGAUUUGCUACAGUUCAUUUGGUACAGGUACAGUUAAGGAGGGAGUGCCAGGAAUUUGACACAAUGACACUGAAGGAACAGCAGUAUGUUUCCAAGUCAGGAUGUUGUGUGGCUUAGAGGGGAACCUGUAGGUCAUGUUGUUCCAAUUUAUCCAUUGCACUUAUCAUUCUAGAUGGUACUGGUUGUUGGUAUGGUCUGAGGAUCUUUAGUGAAUCUCUAUAGUGCAUCUUAUUGAUAGUACACCCUGCUGUUAGUAAGCAUUAGUGGUGGAGUGACUGAAUGUUUGUGAAUAUGGUGUUAAUUGAGUGGCUGCUGUUUCCCAAACCAAUAAUCCUCAUAUUGUAUGUGACAUUUUGUACUGAUUCAAUGUUCGGUUAAUCCCAAACACAAAACUGGCCACAAUCCCAGGUCAGAGUUGGCUUGUUUAAUGAAUGCUCUUCAAAUUGUGUCCAUCUUCUUAGACUUCGGGAGGCAUGAUUUCGAAGUUCUUUCAUACAGAAAGUAUUUUCUGAGGAACUGUGUACCAAUAAAAUGAUCAAAUUGUUCAGUAUAGUUUUUUUUUCUUAAAUAAUUUGCAAUAUUUUAUAUGAGAAAAUUCAUAGAUGUAGGACUGUGAAUAUCCUUAAGAAUUUAUUUUUUGGCAAUAAGCCCAUUUUAAGCUGUAUAAUAAAUCUACAUUGGGUUAUUACUCAAAUAUGAUUAAGGCUACCAAUUAAUAGAAUAACGAAUAGAAACAAUCUUCUGUGAUAUGCCUGAUUAUGAUUUUCCACAGAAGAGUUUAUAUUUGUGAUUGUACAAAUUAAUUUUUGGCUGAGAUCUGAAUUGUAACCUAAAUGGAAUUCUGCCAGCCCUGUUGCUAAGUUGCGUUUGGAGAUUGAAACAAACACUUGGAAGAAAAAAAAGUGGCUGUGUUUUGGAAGAAAUGGAGAUUUGAGUUUGGAGGAUGUGUCACCUCCUGAGCUACUCACUCAAUUAAUUCUUUAUGUGACAUAUAAAAUCUGUUAAGUUGUUAAUGUCAGCUGAUUUAAAUCUUCAAACAUAUUGUGCCGUGAACAAACUUGCUUUAAAUUCUCACCUUUGUUUGCAAUCCCCCCCAUGACCUAGCCCCUUCUGUAAUACUUUAUAGACUCAGAAAUCUCUUGAGAUAUCUGCACUCUUCUGAUCUGGUUUCUUGAGCAUUCCCAAAUUUAAUCAGUCCCCCUAAACGUGGCUGUGUCUUUAGUUUUCUAAGAUCUAAGCUCUGGAAUUCCAGUACCUAAAAGGGGCGGCACGGUGGCACAGUGGUUAGCACUGCUGCCUCACAGCAUCUGAGACCCGGGUUCAAUUCCCGACUCAGGCGACAGACUGUGUGGAGUUUGCACGUUCUCCCCGUGUCUGCGUGGGUUUCCUCCGGGUGCUCCGGUUUCCUCCCACAGUCACAAAGAUGUGCGGGUCAGGUGAAUUGGCCAUUCUAAAUUGCCCGUAGUGUUAGGUAAGGGGUAAAUGUAGGGGUAUGGGUGGGUUGCGCUUCGGCGGGUCGGUGUGGACUUGUUGGGCUGAAGGGCCUGUUUCCACACUGUAAGUAAUCUAAUCUAAAAUGAUCCAUCUCUUUUCCCAGCUUUUAAGGACAUCUUUGAAAUCUACCACUUUCAGAAAGCUUUUACUGUUCUAUAAUUAUAUCUGCUAUACUUUUGAUGUCAAAUGAUGUUUGGUAACAUCUUCGUAAAGUACUUUGUAUAGUUUUACUGCCAUAUGAAUUCAGAUAGUUGUUGCUAUUGGCUAUCUAAAACAAAACUUAUUGCACAAAGUCAAUCCCUGACAUUGAUGGCAAUUUAAGUAUGUUACUGUUUAGGUAACUGCAACUGGACAUCCUUACUUUUACCGUCAUAAAGAUGUACAGCAUGGAAACAGACCCUUCGGUCCAACCCAUCCAUGCCGACCAGAUAUCCCAACCCAAUCUAGUCCCACCUGCCAGCACCCGGCCCAUAUCCCUCCAAACCCUUCCUAUUCAUAUACCCAUCCAGAUGUCUCUUAAAUGUUGUAAUUGUACCAGCCUUCACCACAUCCUCUGGCAGCUCAUUCCAUACACAUACUACCCUCUGCGUGAAAAAGUUGCCCUGUAGGUCUCUUUUGUAUCUUUCUUCUCUCACCCUAAACCUUUGCCCUAUAGUUCUGGACUCCCCGACCCCAGAGAAAAGACAUUGUCUAUUUAUCCUAUCCAUGCCCCUCAUAAUUUUGUAAACCGCUAUAAGGUCACCCCUCAGCCUCUGACGCUCCAGGGAAAACAGCUCCAGCCUGUUCAGCCUCACCCUAUAGCUCAAAUCCUUCACCCCUGGCAAUGUCCUUGUAAAUCUUUUCUGAACCCUUUCAAGUUUCAUCUUGUUUUUUUUUAAAAGAAGGAAUAAUACUGAACAUAUGGUGUUACGUGAUUUGAAGAUCUGAUGACUUGGGAUAGAAUGUGAAAAGGGCUUUCACCAACAGGAAAUGCCAAAUUUAUGACUUGCUCUUAAUAUGCAAUUAAUAUGUUUAAUAAAUUUAACAUUCACAGGUUAGACCAAGUAAAUUGAUUUUGUAGCAAGCUGCAACACUCAUUGUAAUUUUAACUGUAAAAGAAAUAUUUGAAAUAUUUGUCAAAUGAAUGUUUGUACUGGAUUCCUUUUUA